AUGACAGGUCUUUUCUCAGUAUUCGAGGUUAUGGAGCCUCAAGGAAAUUUUACGGAGAAACCUUAUGACCCAGCGUGCAAUAUCCGGGUCACCGGUGUUGUACUACAGGUCCUUCUGGACAGUGCUAACCCUACUGAGAAGGGGUCCUUAGUCAACAGCCUGCUUAAAGAAAUAGAUCUUUUUCAGAUAUCACUAAGCCUUUCAAGCAGCUUACUUAGUGAGGCAAAGACCGAGAAGUAUAAGGAUUUGCGUGCUCUUCUUCAACUCCUUUCAAGCCUUUGUUCAAAAGAUCUGGUUGAUUUUUCAUCAGAUUCUAUUGAGACACAGGGCACAAAUAUAUCUCAGGUUGUUUGUUUUGGUCUUCACAUAGUCACCCCUCUGGUAUCUUUGGACCUGCUGAAAUAUCCUAAGCCAUGUCAUGAUUACUUCUCUCUGCUAUCACACCUCUUAGAGGUUUAUCCUGAAACAGUUGCACAACUAAAUGGAGAAGCCUUCACUCAUGUACUUGGCACUCUUGAUUUUGGUCUUCACUACCAGGACACAGAAGUGGUUGAUAUGUGUCUAAGAGCUCUGAAAGCUCUUGCUUCCUACCAUUACACUGAGACAGUUUGUGGUAAAACGGGCUUGGGCUUACAUAUUUCUGGACUUAAAGAUCCAGGUGGAAAUUUGCAGGAAGGCAUUUUGAGCCGGUUCCUUCAUUCAUUGCUGCAGUUACUCCUCUUUGAGGAUUACAGCCCUGAUCUGGUCAGCAGUGCAGCAGAUGCUCUCCUUCCUUUGAUUCUUUGUGAACAAGGCCUAUAUCAGUUGGAACAAUUUAAGAGACAACUGAUGUUGUCCCUGAAUGAUGAUAAUUCAUCACUAGCUGAAACUGUUGAUAUUAGAACCUGUGGAAAAGCAACUUGGUAAUGGCGUUAUUGCGUGCAUCUUCAUAUUUAUCCUUUACAAAUUAGAAAAUCUUCCUUUUGGUGUUUUGAGCAUGUUCUUUUGGACAUUGUGAAUUGUAAUGUUCAUAUUUCUCUUAUCGGCAGACUGAAUUUUUGUAUUUGUAAUCAUUUCACUUUAGAUUUUUCAAUUUGAUAAGCAAUAUGCAUGGCUAGAAACUUUUG